AUGGCGCUAACAUGGAGGUCCUUCGACUUCUUCGACGCCACCCAAAUCAAGCUCCCCGACGACAUCGCCAACACCACCACCGCACGCACGGCCACCACCACCACCACCACCACCACUACCACCACCACCGACCACAACAACAACAACAAUAACCCCGACGCGGGCCGCAGCACACGCUCCUUCUUCGAGGGCAACGAGAUCGCGGCCGUCUGCUCGGGCUCCGACAGCCUGAUUCUCGGAAGCUACGACGGCGUCGUGCGCAUCGUCGGCCCCAGCUGGACCGUCGUGCGCAGCUUUCGCGCGUAUGACGCCCCCGCGACCGCCGCCACUACUGCUGCCCUGGGGGGCGGUGGGGGUGGGUUGGGGGCGCCGAGUAUCACGCAUAUGCGCCAGGUGGAGGGGACGAGUCUGUUGGUUACUGUUGCGGAAGGGGGUGGGGAGAGUCAGCCUGUGUUGAAGGUCUGGGCGCUGGAUAAGCCGGUGAAGAAGACGGGGAUUCCGACGUGUCUGAGCACGGUAGUGGUUAAUAAUGGGAAGAAGCCGUUCCCGCGCAUCAUCUACGAGUCGGAUGAGCCGAUAACCGGGGUGGAAUUGCAUGUCGAGGCCGGGUUAACGACGCUCUUUGUUGCCACGACAGCGCGGAUCCUGAAAUUGGUUCUCUCUGGAAAGGGGCAUGGGCAACCGCCAAAAACGGUCGAGGAUACAGGGUGCGGCGUGGGUUGCAUGGCUGUGGACAAGAAGACGGGGAAUAUCGUUGUUGGGAGGGAUGAUGCAGUCUACUAUUACACACUCGACGGCAGGGGGCCGCCAACGGCGUACGAAGCUCCGAAGAAGCUGAUCUCGGUUUACCAAGAUUACGUCGCCUUGGUGUCUCCGCCGACGCCAGCGGGAGAGGCGGACACGAUACGGCGGCGGUUCUGGGGUCCUACGGCGGACAACAUCUACACUUUCACGCUGAUCCACCCCGACCUCAGGAUCAUUGCUCACAAUGAGACCGUACUCUCCGACGUUAAGCAUAUCUUCCAGUUGUGGGGUGACCUCUACAUGCUGACGCAGGAUGGGAAGGUAUUCCGCUACCACGAAAAGUCCCUCCAGCAACGAUUAGAGAUGAUGUACCAGCGUAACCUCUACACGCUGGCUGUCGAACUUGCGCAGAAGUGCGGCAUGGAUGGGCAACAACAGAACGUCAUCUAUCGCAAAUACGGCGACUACCUCUACUCAAAAAGGCGACUACGAUGGAGCCAUGACCCAAGGAUACACAACCUCAUCGAGUACCUGGAGCAGCUCCACGAUCACCACAAAGCCACGUCAGAUCAUACCACUCUUCUUCUAAACUGCUACGCAAAGCUCAAAGACAUCGACAAGCUUGAGAAGUUCAUCAAGUCUCCGGGAGACCUCAAGUUCGACUUGGACACGGCCAUCUCCAUGUGCCGACAAGGUGGUUAUUAUGAGCAAGCAGCCUACCUCGCUAAGAAGCAUGGGGAGCACGACUUGGUAGUGGACAUCCUGAUUGAGGACUCCAAAGCGUACGACGAAGCUUUGGACUAUGUCUGGCACCUGGACCCAGAUACAGCCUAUUCCUGCCUGAAAAAGUAUGCUCGAGUUCUCAUCGAUAAUUGUCCCAAGGAUGCCACUCAAUUAUUUAUCGACUACUACACGGGGCGAUUCACACCGAGGAUAGACCCCCCGGUGCCAGAUGCGCAGCCUGUCACCAACGGUGGUUUCGUUGUUGGAGCCGCAAAUGCCGUACAGAACCUCAGCAACUUGUUACCGCUACCAUACAUGAAUGCGAACACGGUGGCGGCGCACGGCAACACCAGGCCAACCGUCGGUGAGCUCCCAGUGAGGCCAGAGGUAGUAUCACCGGCGUACACCCCACCGCGGCCACGGACCGCUUUUUCGUCGUUCAUUGACCACCCCGACGAGUUUAUCGUGUUUCUGGAGGCAUGCCUCAACGAAGAAAGCAUCUCGGAGGCUGACCGGACGGACCUCUCCACCACUUUGUUCGAAAUGUACCUCCAUAAAUCCAACGAGAAGAAGGGUGAUGACCAGCAUCGCGAAGAGUGGGAACAGCGAGCCAAAACCCUGAUCAACAACAAACCCCAAGGCACCGAAAACACCACCAAACCACCCAUCGAAAACUCCAACGUCCUACUCCUCUCCCACCUUUCCGACUUCCACGACGGCACCACCCUCGUCAAAGAACAAUCCGGCCUCCAUUUCGAUAUCUUCCGCUCCUACACCUCGGCGAAAGACACCCGGGGCGCCAUCAAAGCGCUCCGCAAAUACGGCCCCGAGGAACCUCAGCUCUACCCAGCCGCGCUCUCCUACCUCACCUCAGACUCGCGCAUCCUCGACGAGGCCGGCCCUGACGAGCUCGCAGCCAUUCUCGAGCGCAUCGACAAGGACGGGCUGAUGGCGCCGCUGCAAGUCGUGCAGACAUUAUCCAAAAACAGCGUCGCCAGCAUGGGCAUGCUCAAACCGUACCUCUCCAGGCGCAUCGAGCGCGAGCGCCAGGAGAUCGUCGAGAACAAGCGGCUGGCCUCGCAGUUCCGGGUCGAGACGGAAGCCCGUCGCGCCGACCUCGCCGACCUGGCCUCCAAGCCGGUCGUCUUCCAGCCCACACGGUGCGCGCAGUGCGCGGGCUCGCUGGAGCUGCCCGCCGUGCACUUUAUGUGCAAGCACUCGUUCCACCAGCGGUGCCUACGCGGCGGCGGCGGCGCCAACGUCGAGGGUGAGGAGUGCCCCGUCUGUGCGCGAGAAAAUGCCACGAUCCGCGUGCUCAGGAAGAGCCAGGAGGAGAAUGCGGAGCGGCAUGAGCUGUUUAAGGAUGGCUUGGAUAGGAGCGAGGAUCGGUUCAAGACGGUGUCGGAGUGGUUUGGCAGGGGGGUCAUGAGCGCGCCGAGCGCGGAGUAA